AUGAUAGGCUCCGGAUGGAAUCACCGUGGGUCGGAGUUGGCCAUCGGCGAACCGACUGCCAAUUUUGCCAUAUUUUGCACCAACGAAUUCGACAAAGUCCGUCUCGACUACAAGGACUGGUUCCAGCCGGCAUUCUGGUCAGUCAUAGACAAGGACCUGAACGGAACUUUUCACUGCCAGUAUGACUACACGGGAGAAAGAGUUACACCAAAGGUGUCAUGGACCUGCUUCAAACUGAAGCGCGUCCACAGCGCCAAUGUCUACAACUGGAAGCAGCCAAGUCUGCACGUCACCUGGAACCACCAAACCGGGAGACAGCUAGUCUACCUUUUUGAUUUCCUACCGCCGACUAACCGGAAUGAAGAACAGAAGGGUUUUCUUUUAACCCUGCCCUCGCCCGAAGCACGGCAAAACAACCCCUUCGCUUGGCACGCGGCGUUUUCUCGAGUCGUGCUGGAACAGUAUGAUGAAGCCUAUUGGUUGGUCAGGGAUCGAGUACGAGAUCAUGAAAAGAACCGCCGCUUCAACGUCAACAGCAAAGACUUCUUCCCAGAGCUGCACGACAUCGCGCGGCACGCCUUCCACUACAGCGAGAUUAUCGAAGUCGCCGAAAACACGCUGAACCGACUGGUUCAGGAACAGAUCCGCUGGCGCGAAGAGGAUGGAGCUGCCAUACGCGACGGGGGCAUCGGGUAUUGGUUGGAUCCACACCAGGAACUUCUUCUUCAGCAGAAGGCUGCGUAUGCACUCAAGGCGAGAUCAAAGUCGCUGAAUGAGAGGUUGCUUAAUGAGAUUAACUUGGGAUUCAACCUCGUCUUACAAGCAGAUAGUGCCUGGAUGAAGACCAUCGCAUUCGUCAGCAUGGUGUACCUCCCCGGAACCUUUGUCUCUGGCCUCUUCGGAACAAACUUCUUCGACUUCGACUCCCCCACACCCGGCCUGUGGGCGCACUCCAGCUUCUGGCUCUAUUGGGCCGUCGCGGUGCCUCUCACAAUGGCCACAAUGGGCAUCUGGGCAGCCUGGCAUCGGCGGACGGAUAUCCAGCAGCGGUGGGACUCGUCAUAUUCGUAUAUGCAGCGGAAGUUCCUUAUGAGGAGUCUCGCCAAGCAGAAUAUGGGGAAUGGGGAUUCUGCGCUGCACAAGACUGGGACGGAACUGAGUAUUUUGGGACUCGUCAGGGCGGCUACGACGAUGAAUAGGAGGAAUGUAAGGAGGCAGGAGACAGUCUGA